CACUAGUUGGCGUGCGUGUAUUAGCACCGAUGAAUCCACUCUGAACGCCUUCCGUGUCAAUCAAAAAAUAAACAAAGGCAAAGGAGGAAGGAAUCGCUGGGAAACUCAUCCGGAUUCCAAACCAACUCGAAACACUGCAGGUUAUAUUAAGCUGUCUGCCAUGGAUACACAGAUGAAGCAACGAGUCUUCACAGGAGUAGUGACUCAGUUGCAGGAUAAUUAUGGCAUGGUAGAUCAGGACGUGCACUUCCAGAUGAGUGACGUUAUUGGGAGAUAUCCCCAGAUAGGGGAGAAAGUGCUGGUGAAAGCUGUCAAAGACUCUGCUCAGGCUAUCAGUUGGACAGCUCAGACUGUUCAAACCCUUAACGGUCAGCCAUUCAAGUCACCUCCUCCUCUACUGCCUUCAAUGUCAUCAAAUCAGAAACCUGGCAUCCUGGGUAGGCAACCACAACCACUCCUCAAAUCCCCCAAGAUUCCGCCACUCAUCCCUAACAUGCAGUCCAACCCUGGCAAAGGCUUACUGCAGAUGCCCCACCACCUGCAGCCACCAUGGGGGGCUCAGUACGAGGGCUGGGGGGGCGGAGGUAGCUCCAGGAAGAGGCACAACGAGGGGGGAGGCGGACGUAGAGGAGGCCGCUGGGAAGAUGGAGCCGCGUGGGGAGGGGAUGGGAUCAACCAGAAGCGGAGGAGGUGGAAGGGGAUUGGUGACGAUGAGGCCCCAAGAAAGAGCACCACAGCACCCCAGCAGAGUUGUCCGCUCUUCUCCUGUUUCCCACGGGACAGCUUGGCUUGUGAGAGUCUGGAGGUGCAGCGCCGGUACCCCCACCUCCCACUGCCCUCCUCUCUCCUCCACCUGCAGCUGAGCUGGACCGAGAGCUUCCCUCCCGACCGCCCCCUCGCGCUCUGUGGCCCCUGCCUGUUCCGCGCGGGGGACCCUCAGACGUCAGAGCAGGUAGAAGGCACCGAGGCACCUGACUCUGACUCUGAGUUCACUGUGAAGGUGAUGUUGCUGUCUAUGCCAGGGGUGGAGGACCUGUACACUGAGUGCUGCCAGUUACAGCAGGAGGACCAGGGAACAAAAGGGAGCGCUGUGCACCCCAGCACCCUGAUCAAGUUCCUGUUGCUGGAGUCAAAAGGGAAUCUGCAGCUGGUGGGCGGUCACUGGUCAGCAGAGGAGGAUGGGCCGAGCCCAGCUAAGGACCCGUCUAGCCUGAUCCGAACGGCCGUGCGCUGCACCCUCCAGCAGACAGGGCUGGACCUGGGGCCCUGCACUCAGUGGCACAAAAUGGCAGAGAUCAGGUAUCUGUCUGAGCAGAGGGUGGAGACGGUGGUUCUUCUGCUGCCGGAUGUGUGGAACCUGCCCCACACAGAACCCGAGGAGGAGGCACCAAAAGAAGAGGAGCAAGAAGAACAAGAGGACUCGGCCCCCUCUCUCCCGGUUCCUCCGGCCUUAAUGGUGAACCCUUGUGCUGGGUCCACCUUGCCCAUCGUCUCCCUCGCCUCCCUACUGGAGCCUCAGAACUCCAAGACGCAGGAAGCAUUUGAGGUGGGUCUGAUGGCUGAGCUGUUCUGUGAGAUGCUGCAGAGGGACUUUGGACUGCAGCUCUACCGCUGCCUCAGCUGUCUGCCUCUGAGCCCCGGGCCCAAAGCGGAGAAGAGUGAGGACGACGCCCCAGAAACAUCAGAGCAAGGAGCCAGCAACACCAAGGAGGAGCCCAAGAAGAAUGAGAAAGGAAAAAGAAAGUCUGCCAGCAAGGAGGGAAAGAAGAGAAAAGGCUCUGUGGAGAAGGAAGACGACACAGAGAAGGAAAAGAAAGACGACACAGAGAAGGAAAAGAAAGACGACACGGAGAAGGAAAAGAAAGACGACACGGAGAAGGAAAAGAAAGACGAGGAAGAAAAAGUGAAGCCUGAGAAGGCGGAGGAGACUGAGAACCUGGCGGAGGACAAAAAGAACAGUGAGAGCGCAGAGGUGCCGGGAGAGGAAGAGAAGACCGCAGACGUUGCAGACAACCAUGCCACCAAGGAAAACGAUGGUCCCCUCGGCUGGAGCGCGGUGCUGCCCCGCAGUGUUCUGCUCUCCUGGGUGUUCUUCGACCGCAAGCUGGAGGGGAGCCUGAGAGAACAGGAUCUCCAGAGCAUUCUGUUGUCUCUGGGCCUGUACCUCACUCCUGAUCAGGCAAUGGAGUUGGUGAAGAAGACAACAGUCAAUGACCUGUGUCAGUACCGCAAGCUGUGCGCCCAGUGGGAUGACUCAGACCUGCCGUGUGACGUCAGUUUACAAGGGAACCAGGCCCUGCUGCCGGGCCAGGCCAGCACAGGUAAAGAGAGGGCCCCCACCCGCCGCUCGGGGGCCAAGGGCAGCGGCACGGACGUGGUGAGCUACAAGGGCUCCAUGGUCAACAUCUCCAGCCUGCUGCAGACGCUGGAGAAAGGCACCGCAGUACAGCGGGCCCUGGAGCAGCGUGUCUGCACCCUGCAGACCAAACUUGUGGAGGUGCAGCUGGGCAAGGAGGCGCAGGAGGAGCAGCAGCAGGGAAGCGAGGAGCUGCGGAGCCGCCUGGAGCAGGCGGAGAAGCUCAACAAGCUCUACGAGAGGAACCUGAAGGAGAACGCUGGCCACAUGCUCGCCGUCAUCGAGAAGAUGCAGAAGAUGGUGGACCAGACAACAAGCCUGACUGACUCCAAGAAGGCCAAAGAUGAAAAAGUGUGACCACUAAAACUGGACUGGACUAGACUGGAGUGGGCUGAGGGGGAGAGACACUCAUGGGUGACCUGCACUAAGUUAUCAGUAUGAUGAGGACUAUUCUGGUUGAACCUAAUGAAUUUGUAGUAUGUUCAGGCAUUUGUGUGCGUGUGUGAGUGUAUGUCAAAACUCAUAAUGACACAUUUUCUCCAUUCUUCUCCAUCAUGGACCCUGUUUGGGAGGCAAAUGUAUGUUUAAUUUUGUUGAAUACUGUUCAAGGCCUAUUUUUUAGCUGUACAUAAUAAUGAAUUUUGUUUUUUAUAAUAAGUCGUAAUAACUUAAAGUACAUUUCCCUCUUGUGUUCAGUGUGCAAAAGAUAAUCCUCAGUGAAUUUCGUAGAUGACUAUUUGGAAUUAUUAAAAAUCUUUGUCAAAAA